ACACAUGCGCAGACAUGCCUAACCUUCAAUACAUAUUUUUUCCAUUAAGGUACAUAUGUAAUAUUUGAAAUAAAUGAACAAUAUGGGUAUACAUAUUUAACGAUCGAUAAACAAUCAAAUUAUUCCUUCAAAUUAUACUCGGAAAAUAUUUUCAUGUGUUACAAGUGAAUAUAGUUUACAAGUGAAAAUAAAAGAUAAAGUCAUAAAGAAUUAAUGUAUAAAAUUAAUAAUUGACAAGAGAAGAAAAAAUAUUUUAAUUUCGGUGAAAGCUAAAAAAUAAAAAAGUAAAACCAAAGAACGCAAUAAUGAGUGUUUGGUACGCAAUUAAUUAAUUUAAUCAAACGCCAUCUCGUGCUACGUAAAGGUAUCAUUUAAAAUCAGUAGUUUUCCAGUUCUGUUUCGGCAUUCGCUUAAAACGUAAUCAAGUACAUUAAGAAUUGUGACGGAUUACGAUCCAUCACGAUAGUCAGAAAUAGGCAAGAGGAGCAAAGAGGACACGUAAAAGAUGGCGGAAGCCGUUGUAGACGGGGCAAUGUCCCGAUUUUUUUGUCACAAAUGCAGUAUCGAAAUUGAACGUUUAUUACCUGAUUACACAUGCCCAAGAUGCUCAAGUGGUUUCAUAGAGGAAUUGGAAAGUGACAGCAGUGAUAGUGGAUCUGGAAUGCACAUCAAUAGUGACAUAGAUGAUCUUUGGGAACGCUAUGCAGAUGUUCCUCUGAGAGGGGAAUAUGAGAUGGAAUUUUCCAAUCAAUUUGAAACACCAGUUAGUUCUAGCAGAAAUAAUGGUCCUGCUGGUAGAAGACGAGUUCAUUGGUCACGUAAUGCCCAAGAUACACGUCGCUCUAAUAGCAGUCGUGGAAGACAGGAAGUAGUUCCUGUAUCUGUAGAGAAUUUCAUACAAGAUUUUAUACUUAAUCUCUCAGAAGGGGUAGCACAAGCUGCACAAUUACCUGUAUUCAAUAUUAGACUGUUCUUGGGAAAUCCUGGAGAUUAUGUUUGGGGUCAAGAUGGCUUAGAUGCGAUUGUAACACAAUUAUUAAAUCAAAUUGAUGGAACUGGACCACCUCCUUUACCAAGAAAACAAAUUGAUGAAAUACCAACUGUAACUGUGAAUCAAUAUCAUGUUGAUAGUAAACUUCAAUGUUCUGUUUGUUGGGAAGAUUUCAAACUUUCUGAACCAGUUAAGCAACUUCCUUGUUUACAUCUAUAUCAUGCACCAUGCAUUGUACCAUGGUUAGAAUUGCAUGGUACUUGCCCUAUUUGUAGACAGCAUUUGGGAAGUCAGAAUUCAACUGAAGUACAUCAGGAUAAUACCGUAGGACGUAGCUUAGUCGCUCUCUUUAGGGCAACCAAUGAAUCGAACAAUACUAGAACGUCAUCAACUUCAUCCUCGAGUGGUAAUAAUUCCAGUAGUAACUCGUCGAGUGAGAUUUGAGAUUGAUUAUCACGACUUAUUAUUUUCUCUACCUAGCAGGACACACAAAUAUACACACACAACACGCAUCUAUUUUUCACUUUUUUCAAAUUUGUUUUCUGGCACUGUUCAUUUGAGCGAUGCUCAUAUAUACUUCAUCAAUAUUGUAUCUUGAUACUAAUAUAAAUUUCAAGCUUUAUACUUCAAUCCAUGAUGUAAUAUGAAUCACACAAAAAAUAAUGCAGUAUCAAAUUACAACUUGCAUGUGUUGCUUUGCUUGAAUUAUAAUGAAAUAUGAACAUUAAAAGUUAAAGAAAGACGUGCGUAUUUAUAGUUGAAAUAAUCCUUAUUGCUAUAUAUAUGUAUAUAUUUAUUUAUGCGCGCGCCCAGACAUAAUUUUAUAAUUUGCAAAAACAUGCAAUUCAUGGAAUUUUCUAAACAAAUUUGUCCAAAAUUUAUAUAAGAAGAGAAUGUAUGUUUCUUUAUAAAAAUUUAAAUUUGGAUGUUUAAUAAAUUUAACAUAACACAAUGAUGUUUACAAAAGGAAAAAAAAUACACUGUAACAUAAUCUAAGCGUAGGAAGUGUGUUAUACAUAAAAAUAAUAGAACAAAUAUUAGUGGUUUUAAUUAUGUACAGUUUAACUGAACAUUUAUGCACGUGAUUAGAACAUCAAAUUUCUAUUCAGCAUACUUUUUUCAUUUAAAUGAUUUUAAUUUUUGAUGUCAUUUAAUUAUAUUAUAUUUCUUUGAGUUUAAAAAUUGUUAAAAAAUUAGUCAUAUUACUCUUAUUUAUAUAGUUUUCUUGAUGUUCGCAUCAAUAUUGCUUUAUAAAAUGUCAGUCAUAUUUUAUUUUGACUAUUAAUAAAUAUUCAAUUUAGUUAUAUAUAAUACUGAUGCAUAAAGUAUACAAGAAUAGUAUACAAGUAUACAAGCUGUAAAACAAGAUUAGUUAAACAAAAUUACAAAAAUAAUCCAAUGAAAAUUAUGAAAAAUAGGAAGGUAAAUGAAUUAUAAUAUUUGUGUUUGAAGUUGUAUUUUAUUUUUCUUAAGAUGGUUGUAUAUUACGCUAUAUAAUUUAUGCUACUCUCUUUUUAUCAUAAAAUCAUACAUAAAUAUAUUAUAUCAACUAUUAGUAUAGUAUUGUUUAUUUAUAUUCAAAUUUCUACAGGUUUGGUACAGAUGCAAAUUUGAUCGUCCAUAAUUCACAGUUGGUAAUUAAAAUAUAUUAGGUAUAAUAAUAUGGUAGAUAAUGUGAAUAGCAUUUAGAUACAAUUACGUAUCAUGUUAAACUUUAUAGAUUCCAAUAUAGCAUACAAUUCAGGUAAUAAUUAUCUGCAAUAUGAAUAAACAAACACUAUUUCGAUUUGCCAUAUUAUAUAGUAUGUAAUAAACUUUAAUGUUGUUGUUCUUAUA